AACAACUACAAACAACUGAAUUGAAUUUGAUUUGAUGAGUGAGCAUAGUAUUUCAGAUCCACGUCGUUGUAGCAGUUAAGUACGAGUAGUUGAUCAAUUUUAUGAGGCAUUGCAUUCCAUUACAUAUUUUGCAGUGUUAUUACAUUCAUAAAUUACAAAUCUGAGUAGUUGAUCUGUUCACCUGUAUUUUUCUCCCAUUUAUUUUCCCCCAUCUUUCACAUUCUUCUUCCUCCAUUUUUCUUGUACCCCAAAAAUUAAAAAUGGCGGGUUUUCUCUCUCUUCUAAGACGCUCAUAUCUCUCCCUCUACAAUUGGAUUGUUUGCUUUGGAUGGAUUCAAGUUUUGUACUUUGCUGUAAAAACAUUAACAGAGUCAAGCUAUGAGCAUGUAUACGACGCCGUUGAGAAGCCUCUUCUUCUUGCUCAAACUGCCGCCGUUUUGGAGAUUAUUCAUGGUUUAACUGGUUUGGUGAGAUCGCCUGUAAGUGCAACGCUUCCCCAAAUUGGUUCAAGGUUGUAUGUGACUUGGGGUGUUUUGUAUAGCUUUCCAGAGACUCGAACUCAUUUCCUUGUUAGCUCUUUAGUGAUCAGCUGGUCUCUUACAGAGAUUAUUCGGUAUUCUUUCUUUGGUGUAAAAGAAACCUUUGGUUCUGCACCAUCAUGGCUUCAGUGGCUUAGGUAUAGCACCUUUAUGCUGCUGUACCCAACCGGCAUUACAAGUGAAGUUGGCUUGAUAUACAUUGCUUUACCUUACAUCUGGAAUUCAGAGAAGUACUGUGUGAGGAUGCCCAACAAAUGGAAUUUCUCUUUUGACUACUACUAUGGUGCAUUGCUUACCCUGGGAAUUUACGUUCCAGGAAGUCCGCACAUGUACAACUACAUGCUUGGACAGAGGAAGAAGGUCCUUUCUAGAUCCAAGAAAGAUUGAUGAGGAAGCAGUACGCCUACAUUCUUUGACUUGCUUGUAAACAGAACUCUGCUGCAUUACAAUGUCGUCGUUUUGAUGUUCCAUUUUUUCUGGAAGUCAGUCGUGUUGAGUAGCAAUUUGUAUGUGUGUUUGUUGUACAAGUAAACUAGGAACUAAAUGCGAGUUUCUUAUUGUCCAGCAGUCUUCUGUGACUAAUAUUAAUAAUGCUUUACCAAAUAUGGCUUAAGCACUCAUGUGGUAGGACAAAGAUAGAGAUAAUUUGAUAGUUAAAAAGGAAA